GCAAUGUGUUUUGUUACGUCAUAUCCGUUUAUUGGAUCUAACAGCGGACGCUAAUGCUAAUAACUACGAGUAAAAUUUACUCCAAAAGCCUAGACACUUUGCAGCAGAAGUGAAGGAAAAUGGGCAAGAAGCAUAAGAAGCAUAAACCAGAGUGGCGGACGGUUGAUGACUAUGAAGACAUGGCACUUGAGAAGCCCCUUAAGCUUGUACUCAAAGUGGGAGGGAGUGAAGUGACAGAGCUCUCUGGUUCCGGCCACGAUUCGAGCUACUAUGACGACAGAUCCGACCUCGAACGUGAACGACACAAAGAGAAAAAGAAGAAGAAGAAAAAGAAGUCUGAAAAAGACAAAGACAAGUACGUGGAUGAAGAGGAGCGGAGACGGCGCAAGGAGGAGAAGAGGAAAAAGAGGGAGCGGGAGCAAAAUGAGUCAGAAGCAUCAGCUGCUGCCAGUGGGCCAAUUGAGCCUUUUACCUUAUCAAAAAGUAUGAUUGCUGCAUAUGAGCCCGAGGAAAAGAAGAAAAAGAGAGAGCGGUUUGAGCCCGAGUCUGAAGUGGAGGAGUUUCAUCCCAAUGUAAAGGUCGAGGUGGAGCAGCAGGGAGAUCGGCCGGUCCGGUCGUGCCGGACGCAGCAUGAAAGCGAGUCCACGCCUCGACAGCAACUGCUUGAACACUUUUUGCGGCAGUUGCAAAGGAAAGACCCGCAUGGAUUCUUCUCUUUUCCAGUCACAGAUGCAAUUGCUCCCGGUUACUCGUCAAUUAUCAAACAUCCAAUGGACUUCAGCACCAUGAAAGACAAGAUAGUAAACAACGACUACACCACGGUUACAGAAUUUAAGGCGGAUUUCAAGUUGAUGUGUGACAAUGCGAUGGUGUACAACCGACCAGAGACGGUGUACUACAAGGCUGCAAAGAAGCUUCUUCACACGGGAUUUAAGAUGAUGAGCAAGGAGCGGCUGUUGGCCCUGAAGCGCAGCAUGUCUUUCAUGCAGGACAUGGACUUUACACAACAGGCUGCCAUUUUGGGUGAUGACGACCUUACAGAUGAUCUACCUCCUCCAGAAACCACCUCCAACCCAGUGGAGAAGAAAUCUCGGAAGCAGCCUGUGAAAGACAUGAAGGAAGUCAUCAGUUACCUCUAUGAGCCGGAAGGAAAUGCAUGCAGCUUGACUGACAGCACGGCGGAAGAGCACGUUUUGGCUCUGGUGGAACACUCGGCCGAUGAAGCCAGGGAUCGAAUCAACAGAUACAUGCCGACCUCUAAGAUGGGCUACUUGCGCAAAGAGUCCGACACAUCUCUUCUCUAUACUGUCGUAAAUCAGCUGGAUCCUGAUGCAGAAGAAGAGGAGACUCACAAAGUGGAUUUGAGUUCCCUGUCAAAUAAGCUUCUACCUGGACUAACAACACUUGGAUUUAAAGACGACAGACGACACAAAGUGACUUUCCUGAGCAGCGCGUACAACACCCAGAGUCUGCAGAAGAACUCUGUCUUUCCAGAGCUGCUCCCCGACGAGGUGGAUUUGCUAUAUUCGGCGUACGGGGACGACACAGGGGUGCAGUGUGCACUUAGCAUACAGGAGUUUGUGAAGGGCUGUGGAAGUGUCACCAAGCACUGGGUGGACGGACUGCUGGACAAGAUGACUGCAGGCGAUCACACUAAAGCUGUCCAUCAAAUCCGACAGAAGAGGAAUAUGAUGUUGAAAGUGGACGAAUCAAAGAACCCCCUGUGUGACAUCCAAAUGUCGGACAGCUCAGGUCUGGGAGAGAGCAGCUCCGUGCUGGACUUCAUGUCGAUGAAGAGCUACCCCGAUAUGUCGCUGGAUAUCUCCAUGCUCAACUCUUUAGGUAAACCUGUGAAGAAGGAACCUGGGAAUGAGGAGGGACAACAGCACUUUGAGGAUGCAGACAAACUUCUGCAGGAGUUCCAUGAGGCUCAAGUUGAGAGAGGAGGGUCCAGACCUUCAUCCAACUUGUCGUCUCUGUCCAACGUCUCGGAGAGGGAUCAGCACCACCUGGGGAGCCCAUCACAGCUGGGUGACCAGACUGAGAUGGUACACGACCCUUACGAGUUCCUGCAAUCUCCAGAGUCGGAAGGUGGAACCAACUGAUUUUAAAACGGUCAUUGAACGUACAUCAUUUUAGCAGUUCUGUUGUCCACUUUGUACGAAUAUGCCACGGCUAUUAAAUGUUCUGUACUGUG